AUGUGUUUCCUUUCUCAGCUGACUGGCUCGGCAAAUUUAGAGGUGCUGGCGGAGAGUGCUCAGAUUCUGACGUCCCAACCUGAAGAUCUGACGGCUGAGGAAGUGACGAUGGCCGCACAGAUCGCCGACACGCUGCUGUCGUCUGUGAACGUCUCACAGAGCGUGAGGGAGGCAGCGGUAGCGACUGUCAGCCAGAUUCUGAACGCCGACCCCCCAGAUAACAACCAGGAAAACAGCGCUACUCUCAGCCUGACGCGGACCCUGUCCAGCCUGUCGGUGAACCUGAGUCUGAUCUCUGAUCAGUUUGAUUCUAAGUUGGUUCAGCCAAACAUUGCGGUCCAGUCGGCUCAGAUCUCGGCGGCCGACACUCGGGGAGUCCAGUUCACCGCGCUGUCAGGAACAUCUGGAAGUUUCGUUGCCGACCACAUCCAGCUGGACACCAACACAUCCGCCGACCCUGACUUCAUUGCCGACGCCGUCGUUCACCUCCAGUUCCCCCCAGGCGGCGCUGCCGGCGGUCUCCAGACUCCAUCCAACGUGUCUGUGGGUUUCGUCCUCUACCAGAACGACCACUUCUUCCGCUCGCAGCGCUACAGGCGGCGACGGGCCUCCGUCAGGGUCCUCUCGGCCACUGUCGGCGGUCUGGAGCCACAACAGGUCCAGAUGCUCUUCAGACCAACGCUUCUGAACGGUAUGUCUUUGUGGGACUUCUCGUGUGUUUUUUGGAACUACACUUUGGAUGACUGGAGCACGGCUGGCUGCUGGAAGGGAAACGCUUCAGACGGAGUCCUCCGAUGUUACUGCAAUCACACAACCAACUUUGCUGCUCUCUGGUCCUUCAAAGAGAAUUAUGAAUAUGCAGAAGCACUGGAUAUGCUUUCUAAAGUUGGACUUUAUUUGUCAUUCCUGGGUUUGGUUGUUACAAUAAUUCACCACAUUACGGACAAUGUGAACAGGGGCGAAUGGAAGAACUACAGGAACACCCAGAUUGCUUUGCUGAGUAUAUGGUUCAGCCUGCUGGCCUUCAUCAUCACUUUCCUCUCUGGCGUCACAAACAGCCAAAAGACAGACCUCCAACAGAAUGCUGUCGACGACGACGCAGUGCGCAACACCGAGACCAACGACGUUCCGGACUCUGACGAAUACGUGGCGGCUGACAGUGGCGCAUGUUCGGCGGUGACGGCGCUGCUUCACUUCUUCUUGUUAGCUACGUUCACGUGGAACAGCGUGUACGCCACACAGGAGGUGCUGCUCUUUCGCAAGAAGCGCCAGAACCUGCCACCGUACUGGUCGCCGCUCAGCGCCACCAUAGGAUGGGGAGUCCCAGCUGUCAUCGUGGCGAUCACACUGGCAAUCGCCUACAGGGUGAAAAACCCUCUAGGAUAUAGACAGGAGGAAUUUUGCUGGCUGGCAGCGCUGGAUAAAUCCAAAGAAUUUGACUUUGGGAAGCCGAUGUUUUGGGGUUUCCUGCUUCCUAUCGGUUUGAUUCUGAUCUACAACAUCGUUCUGUUGGUUCUGGUCUCUCGGACCGACACCGCCUUCAAGAGCAUCAGGAAGUUCCUGAACAGUUUUUCUCUGGCCGUGUUACUCGGUCUGUCCUGGACUCUGGGUUACCUGGUGCUGGUUACCACAGGAACUGCCCACGUGGUGGUCAGCAUCAUCUUCUGCCUCUGCACCACCACACAGGGGCUCCUUAUAUUCAUCCUGUUCACCGCCAUUAGGCCGAGCUUCAGAGGCCGCGUGUCACGAUCCGUUCGGAUCAUCUCGUCUGUCAACAUCCAACUCAAACAGUUUAAAUAUAAUGUGCAGAGAGACUGGACCAGCUCUAACGAGUCCUACAAAGUCCGGAUAGACUAACAAGUCUUUUUUUUUUGG